GUUGGAGUUCCGCGUGAGAACAUUGAACAUUGAACGGUCUUCGCUUCGUAUUAUUUAUAUGUGUUCGCAAACAUUUUUACAUACGUGCAACGUGAUACGAAUUUUCCAGAAGCGAUUUAUUUAAAGAGAACUAUGUGCUGUACAUUGAACAAGGAUUCAAUUCAAAUUGAAUCGUAACUAUAUGAAUAAAAAGUGACUAGGAAGAUCCUCUUUUUUUAAAGGGAGACUUUUUGAAAACUUCGAAUCAAUUUCAGUAUUUAACUUCGACCGUGUUAUACUAUUUAAUUUGUAAAAAAUGGCUAAAUGGGGUGAAGGAGAUCCAAGGUGGAUCGUCGAGGAGAGACCCGAUGCCACUAAUGUGAAUAACUGGCACUGGACUGAGAAAAAUGCCUGUGCCUGGUCCCUGGAGAAAAUUAAGGAUUUAUUUACAAAUAUGAAGAUGGAAGGAAAUGGAAUUUCUUGUACAGUAAUGGAAGUAGAAAAAUGCGAAGGUGAGGCAAUGGUAAACAAUAGAAAAGGUAAAUUAAUUUUCUUCUAUGAAUGGAAUAUCGUACUCAAGUGGGUGUCUAAUAAAAAGUCUGACAAGAAGAUCGAGGGUAAAAUAAACAUUCCGAAUAUGUCCGAGGAAAAUGAUAUUUCUGAGGUAGAUAUUGAAUUUACCCUGAAGGAUAGCACUGACGAGGGCGAGGCUAUAAAACAUUUUCUACAUACGAAGGGAAAAGAAUUUAUUAGGGAGAAAUUGAAAACAUACGUGUCCUCUUUAAAAGAAGAAUUUACUGUUGGGAUGAUUCUGCCUAAGAAAGAUAACGUGAAAGAAACUAUAUCAAAUAUCACUUCUGGAUUCAAUGCGAAAAUGCAAAUGAAUUCAGUAGUAUCAUCGAAUAGUACUAGUAAAAAGGAAGUAGGAUGUAAGAUUUCGACGACGACGAUUAAGCAACAACAAAGAUUCCAAUGUAGGGCUGAGGAAUUUUAUAAUGUUUUUACCUCGAUCGAGAUGGUUCAAGCGUUUACGAAAGGACCGGUAAAACUCGACUUGAGGAAAGCAGGAAAGUUCGAGCUGUUCGGUGGCAAUAUUCUAGGUGAAUUUGUGGAAAUCACACCGACUAAAAUUACUCAACGAUGGCGUUGCAAACAAUGGCCUGCUGGUCACUUUAGCGACGUUACUAUCGAUAUUUCUGAGAAGAGCGAUCACACAGAAGUCAAUUUAUUACAAAUAGGAGUACCAGUUAGUGAGGAAGAAUCCACGAGAGAAAAUUGGGAAAGGUAUUACUGGGACGCUAUAAAACGUACAUUCGGAUUCGGUUAUUUUAUGUGAUCGACGUAUGUUUGUUUCUCGAAUGUCACUUGCUUACCGAUAAGUAGAGAUAUAAUUAAAAUGUGUAUUGUUGUAAGCUGCCUCGCAUGACUCUUACAAGACGCAUAAUAAUCAGUGAAUACAAGAUGUCUUUUCUCUGGACACUAGUUAAAAUCUUCUCAUUUUUUUCUCUCAGACGCCCAACUCUCCUCUCCCCCAUUUCUCUUAUUCAGUACAUUGCAUUAUGUGGGCGGGACUUUGUGACGUUACUUAAAACUGUAUUAAUGGCUGUAUAUGUCAAAUAAAUCAUGCCCAUACUUCAA